AUGUCUCUCGAGAGCGGGCCCUCGCACACGCACAGCGCCCACAGCUCGUCCUCCGGCGUCGACCUCUCCCAGACGACCGCCGGCCUCGCGUCCUCGCUCCCGCCCUCGCCGCACCAGCCGCACGCCCAGCAGCCGCGCCGGCGCACGAGCUGGAACCGCGUCGAGCUCGGCCAGGACCCGCUCUCUUCUAUGAACAACAACGUGGCCGGCCCGUCGCGGUCCAGCUCGCCGUACGUGCUCGACGACGACCCGUUCGCGAGCGCCGAUUACGGACAGACGCACGCGCACGUCGCGAUGUAUUCCCAUGCGGCGCCCACGCAGUCGGCCGCGAGCUUGAUCUCGUCGCAUAGGGAGAGCUCGUUCUCCAUGGGCACGCUCGACGACGAGGGCACAACGCACCUCACCGGCCCCGACGCGUCUUGGCGCACGGCAGACGACGACGCGGAGCAGAGCUUACACGCGAAUUUGAGUCACGGAUCUGCGCGGGCUGGAGUUGGGACUGGGAAUGGUGGUGGGAGCGGUGGUGGGGGACUGGGCGCGCAGAGGAGGCGGACGAUCCGGUACAGCGCCGAGCCGGGCGCGCUACAACGCACAGGCAGCCGCCUGCGCAACGUCUCGCGCUCAUUACGGCGCGUCUCCCUCCGCGUGGUCAAUCUGGCCGGUAUGGGAUUGGACGACCACAUCCGCAUCGCCGACGUGCCCGACAGUCCGCGCGGGGACACGUUCGAGAAGGUCAGCGGGCAGAGCCCGGUCGACGACGGAGAGCAUAGAAUGGACGACGAGAAGUAUUACGGGGACGAGGUGGAGGUGUUGCCGGAUUUGCGGACCGCGCUGCCUGUGCGUGGGCGCACGCUGGGGUUUUUGGGGCCCCAGAGCAGCGUGCGGAGGGCGAUGUACCGGCUGUUGGUCUAUCCGUGGACGGAGCCCGUCAUUCUGCUGCUCAUCAUCGUCAACGCCGUGGUCCUCACCAUCCAGGCCUCGCGCACGCUUACGUGGGAGGACGCGCCGAAGAGUAUGAAGGGCUACUUUCACUCUUGGGAGGACUAUGUGCUUUUCGUGCUCUUUGUGCUCUUCACGCUCGAGGCGUUCGCGAGGAUAGCCGUCACUGGUCUCAUCCUGGACCCCGAAAUGCCCGUAUCGUCAUUGUUCGGCGCGUUCUCUUUCGCACCGCCGCCGUCGCUUGCUGCGACUGGACCUGUCGAGCCGCUCGAACGACAUCCCAGUACGACUUCGACGAGCGCGCAUAGUAUGCGCUCGGCCGGGAGUUUGAAACGGAAGGUUACUGUUACGGAGAAGCUCGGACGGCUCUACGCCAAUAUCAAACGGCCCUUCUCCCUCGCGCACGAAGCGUCGCACCCGCGCGCCAACUUCUCAGCCGGCUCAACGACGAACGUCACACUCUCCGGCCUCCCUCCCCACCCACCUCCACCUCUCACCGGCAUCCCCUCCGCAUCCUCGAACUCUUAUCCUGCCGGAGACCUCCCCAAACUCCGCAGCCGAAGCGACACCUCGUUCUCCCAAACGCCCAUGAUGGAGAAAGCCUCCCAUCUGCACUCCGCCCUGCGCGGGCCCAGCGCACCGCCCUUCAUAUCCCAGGCCUUCCGCUCCUCCAACCCGAACGAGACGCUCUCCCUCCCCUUCCGCGCCUCGAUCUCCAACACGCGCUCCGCCACCACGCGCCACCUCCCCUACCUGCGGCACUCGUGGUCCCGCAUAGACUUUGUAGCGGUGACGGCGUUCUGGGCCGCGUUCGCGAUUGCCACGUUUGGGGUGGAGCGGGAGGAGGGAGGCUUGAGGGUGGGUGUUUUCAGGGCGCUGAGUGUGUUGAGGUGCGCGAGGCUGUUGACGGUUACGAGCGGGACGACGACGAUUAUGCGGAGUUUGAAGACGGCGCGGCCGUUGUUGCAGAGCGUGGCGCUGUUUGUGGUUUUUGCUAUGGUUGUGUUUUCGAUUAUUGGGAUCCAGUCGUUCAACGGCUCGUUUCGCCGCUCGUGUUAUCUCCAACCUGUACCCGGAGGUCCGUCCGACCCUAUACAGCUCGACCAGUCGUGCGGAGGACAGGUCGAUCCGACGUUUCUCAAUGAGACGGGGUAUUUCACAAGAGACGGCGCGCAGGCGGAUAUCGUCAAGGGAUACAUAUGCCCGCUCGGGCAACUCUGUCUCGAAGACGAGAACCCGGAGAGCGGACUGGAGAGCUUCGACACGGUGUACCAGAGCGCCCUGCAAGUCUUCGUCGUGGCCACCGCGAACGGCUGGUCACCGCUGAUGUACUCCAUGAUCGACGCCGAAUACUUCGUCUCCUGCUUCUUCUUCAUCGUCACCAUCGUCGUGCUCAACUUCUGGCUCCUGAACCUGUUCGUCGCCGUCAUCACCAACACGUUCUCCGCUAUCCGCGAGGAGACGCAUAAGAGUGCUUUUGGUGCCGCCCCGCUGGCGGUUGUGGACGCGACGGACGAGCCGUGGACGCGGCCGGGUCGGAGGGCGCCGAGGAGGAAUAUUAUCGCGGCGCUGUAUACGCAUAUCCGGUGGUGCUUUAUCUUUUUGGCGCUUACUUCGCUCGUGCUGCAAGCGACGUAUACGGCUAGCAUGGGCGAGACGCAUACGCUCAUUCUCUCAAAGGGCGAGCUGGUGCUGACCAUCGCGUUCGACCUCGAGAUCGUGCUGAGGAUCGCGGCGUGCUUUCCGGAGUGGCGGGCGUUCUUCUGGAAAGGCCAGAAUGUGCUCGAUCUGGUGCUGUGUGUGGGCAGCAGCGUCAUUCAGAUUCCGGCUGUGAGGGAUAGCGAGGUCUAUUCGUGGUUGACGGUGUUCCAGCUCAUGCGGUUCUAUCGUGUGAUCUUGGAGAUACCCAGGAUGAAGCCUCUACUCCUCAGCGUAUUCGGAAACAUGUACGGUCUAGCGAACAUGACGCUCUUCCUCCUCCUCAUCAACUACCUUUCCGCGCUCGUGGCCAUCCAGAUGCUCCGCGGCGAUCUCAAAGCGGACGACUCAAUGAACUUCGGCCAGAUGUGGACGAGCUUUCUGGCGAUAUAUCAGGUGUUCAGUUCGGAGAACUGGACGGACAUAUUGUAUGGGACGGGCACGGCGGAGAGCGGGAGGGGGCAGAGCGUGCUUGUCGUGCUGUUCUUCGUUGGGUGGUUCUUUCUCGCCAACUUCAUCGUGCUGCAGAUGUUCAUCGCCGUCAUCAACGAGAACUUCAACGUCGCAGAAGAGAGCAAACGCGGCCAACAAGCCGACUUCUACUUCCAAGCCCAGCAGCCCCAACAAGGCCGCGCGGGCUGGCUCCGGCGGCUCAACCCCUACCGCUGGUUCCGCGCCUCGCCCAAGGCCAUCGUCGUCGAGAACCUCAGCGGGAACCUGGUGCUCCCCAUGCAAAAGGCGCUCAUACAGGACUAUGGGCUGCCGCCCGCGGAGCGGGACGCGCGCUCGCCCGGCGCGGCGCGCCAGAAGGGACACUUCACGACGAAGAGUCUGAACGCGCUCCAGGCGCUGUUCAUCGGCGAUACGGGCACGCACGAUAUCGCGCUCGCGAAUCUGCGCUCGCAUAGGAAAGAUCCCAGUGCGCCGGCGAAUACGGAGGACGAGGAGACGGAGCGCCAUUUGGAGCUGCUGGCUGCUAUCAACCAGGAAGGCGCGGGCGAGAUCGACGAGACGAACGAUGCGUUUUAUGAGAGGAGGGCGCGCAAGGCGGAUUUUAUACGCGCGCAUCCGACGUACGAUCGCACGUUUUGGGUCUUUGGGCAGAAGAAUGCGCUGAGGAGGGCGUGCCAGGCCGUCGUAAGGCCCGCGGGCGGCGAGCGCAUCUUUGGGCAUCCGCCGAAUACGGCCGCGCACUCGAUCUUUCAGCUGUUGUUGCUCGUCACGGUCAUUGCGGGCAUUGUUGUGGAGGCGGUCGCUACGCCGCUGUACCGGCGCGAUUAUUAUGCGGAGCAUGGGCUUAUACGCGGAUCGUGGUUCGAUCUGUGCGAGGCGGCGUUUGGAGGGGUGUUGGUCAUUGAGUUCUUCGUAAAGGUUGUGGCGGAUGGGUUCGCGUUCACGCCGAACGCGUAUGUGCGGAGUAUCUGGAACGUGCUGGACUUCUUCAUCAUGGUCGGCAUCACGGUCAACGUCGCUACUGGGCUCGUCUUCGUCGGCGGUCUAUCGCGGUUCACGAGGGCGCUCAAGGCACUGCGCGCGCUGAGGCUCGUUACGCUUGUGGAGAAGAUGCGCUCGACGUUCGAGAACUUGAUCAUCUCCGGUGCGAGCCGUAUCUUCGACGCUGCGCUACUCGCCAUCCUCUACAUGAUCCCCUACGCCGUCUGGGGCCUCACGAUCUUCGCCGGUCGGACGAACGUAUGCAACGACGACGACGCGAGCGGCAAAGCGGCGUGCGUGGGCGAGUACACGCCCGGCGCGCUCGGCGACGACGCGGGCUCCUUCGCGUUUCCGGUGCCGAGGGUGUGGGACAAUCCGAGCCCGAGCACGACGUUCUCCUUCGACUCGUUCAGGAGCAGUCUGCUUAUCAUGUUCGAGAUUGUUAGUCUCGAGGGAUGGGUGGACGUUAUGAAUGUCGUGACGGCGAUUACGACGCCGGACGGGCAGUUGGAGACGAAUGCGAGCCAGGUUAAUGCGAUCUUUUUCUUGGUUUAUAAUUUGCUUGGAGCGGUGGUUAUUCUCACGCUCUUCGUCUCGAUCAUCAUUGGCAACUUCAGUACCAAGACCGGCAGCGCACUGCUCACACAGCCACAACGCGAAUGGAUCGACUUGCAGAAGCUUAUCAAGCGCCAGCGCCCAAGCAAGCGCCCACGUGUACGACCUAGCUUCCCGCUACGCGCAUGGUGCUACGACCGCGCAGUUGCAAAACACGGCUGGUGGUCGCGGGGGAUGACGCUGCUCUUCGCCGUGCACGUCGUAGUCCUCAUGACGCAAACGUUCUCGCAACUGACGAUCCUGGACGACAUCCGGACAUACUUCUUCCUCGUCGUCACGCUCAUCUACUGCGUCGACGUGCUCGUGCGGUUCACUGGACUCGGAUGGCACUCAUUCCGCGCUAAUGGGUGGAAUAUCUUCGACGCGGUUGUUGCGGCGGGGAGCUUGUUCACUACGGUGUCGGUCCGGUUGGGCGCGGAGGGGAAUGCUAUUCAGCAGAUCCAGAAGAUCUUGCUCACGAGUAUCGCAUUCAAGCUCGUGCAGCGCACGAACAAUCUCAACAAGCUGUUCAAGACCGCCGUCGCGAGUUUGCCGAUCAUCAUGAGUUUGCUGGCUCUCUGGCUCAUCCUCUUCCUCUUCUUCUCCAUUCUAUACGUCGAGGUCUUCAGCCUGGCCAAGUGGCAAUCGGCCGAGACGCGCAACCAGAACUACGAGUCCAUUGGCAGCGCGCUCGUCAUGCUCGCGUUCAUGAGUUCAGGCGAGGGCUGGAACCAGUACAUGCACGACUACGCGAUUGUGUAUCCGCGCUGCACACCUGGCGAUGAGAACAACCCGGACACGGACUGUGGAAGCGCUGGAUGGUCGUUCACGUUGUUCAUCGCGUGGAACUUGCUGAGCAUGUACAUCUUCGUGAACAUGUUCACUGGUGUGGUGGUCGAGAAUUUCUCCUACGUCUUCCAGAUGACCGGCGGCUCGCGCGAUGUGACACGGCAACAGAUGCGCGCUUUCAAGAAGGUCUGGGCUCACUACGCGAACCAGCGUACCGGCUAUCUCGAGCGGAAUAAGUUCGCGGAGUUCUUCCAUCAACUCAGCGGCAUCUUCGAAGUUCGCAUCUAUCCGGCCGAAUUCCAUUACUCCAACAUCCUCUCCGCGUGUAGCGAGGGAAAUGCAGAGUCAAAUUGGCAGACGGAGCGCGUGUACGAGGGCGUGAACUUGCGCAAGCUGAACGCCGCGUUGAACAAGAUCGACUACACGGAGAUCCGCAGAAGAAGGAACCUGUACAGUCGGCUGUACCACGAAGCGAACAUCACGCACGAGCAGGGCAAAGGCAUCUCUUUCACGAAUAUGCUCAUGCUGCUGGCCCAUCACAAGCUCAUCGAGGACAAAGACGCGUUGGUUCUGAAGGAUCUCCUCGUACGAACCCGAACCAACGAUCUCGUCACAGACCUUGUCAAUCUCGACCGCGUGCGAUCCCUUCUGCGGACAAUUGCCGCUCGUCGGCGCUUCAUCGCUCAGCGUGACGCGCGCUUGCACGAGUCCAGCACGGUCCCCGAGAUCAUCGUCGACGAUACUCCGACAACGCCAACACAGGACAUCACAUCCACGAACCGGAACUCUGCGAAUAUGUCGCCCUUCCGCGAUGCGCACGAGGUCGGCAGUCGGCCCACUUCGUACAUAAACGACCGCUGGGACUCGGAGGCGUCGCUCGCGUCGCGCGGCAGUCCAAGACCAAGAUUGCAGCGAGGACGGCGGACAAGCGAUAUCAGCGUCAUGUCCGCUGACCUCGGUGUCCGACAUACUCGCGACCUAUCGCCAAUGCGGGACUCCAUGUAUGUGGACGAUCCGCAAGACGUGCUCGCAGUCAUGCAAAACUCAUCGUGGGGUGCCAUGAUGCUCGAAGCCGAAGAGUCUGACGACGACGACGACGAGCACCGAUAA